CGUACCUCAUACACCGGUUUGAAGAUUCGCGGGCCAUGUAAAUAACAAAUAAAAAACCGUAUCCCUUAAAAAUCUUCACGUAGUAGUGUAAGUUUCACAUGUGCAGCCUGUGCCAGUUUUUCUCUAUCAUUUUUGCAGCAUUUUUAAUGUUUUAUUUAUUUUAAGAUAAUGACAGAGCGAGUAUUAUCAGAGUCCAACCAAUCCUUGUUUCAAAUUAUUAUUGAAGAAAUAUUGAAGGAACAUUCUGUUAUGUCGAAUUUACAUAUGCAUGUUUUUUGUAAAAAGACAAUACCAUUUAGAGAAUUAAAUUUUAAGAGUUGUAUAUAUUCUGUAAUACUUCAAAUACUAACUAUUUUUUCUGCAAUAAUUAACUGGUUGAUAUCUUAUCACCUAUUAAAGUCUGGUUCGUAUUUUUUGUAUUUAUGGAUUGGGAAUAUCGAAGUCUUAAUUUGUUUGCAUAUUCUGAUAAACUUAUUAAAUAAGAACUACACCAAACAGAUUUUUUUGUUAAAGAAUUUAUAUGUGACAUGGCGUUUGUGGCUAUCUUUUAUUUUUUUAACAAUAACCUACGGUUUAGAUUUUAUGGCAUUUACUAAGAAAUCUGCAGGCUCUGAGUUUUCGCAAUUUAGUCAAGUAAUUUUACUGCCUAUAAUGUUAAUACUGAUACAUUUGAUCUACGAUAUCAAACUUCAGAAGUGGGUAUACUUUUCUAUUUUUCUAACAACUAUCUGGAAAUUUAUAUCUCUUUGUUCUGAUUCUGAAUUCAAAUUAUCUUUUUAUCUUAGUUUUUGCUGUUUUAUUUAUUCCUUUAUCCACUGUUAUUAUCUUAUUCUAGUUAAAGUUUUUUUGAUAAAAGGUUCAAUUUUUCAACUUUUAUAUUAUCAAAACAUUGUUUCUGCACUUUUCCUACCUUUUGUAAUACUUCUGAACAAUCAAUUUAAGUUUCCUAUUUUUUCAAUAGAAAUUUUUUUUUGGGCAUUCUUUUCAGCAACAUUCAAAUUUAUUACUUUAUUUAUAAAUUUUCUACUACUAAAGAAUACUGAUUUGUUAAUAAAUGCAGCAGUUUUAAAUGUUCCAUUUCUUGCAAACGACUUGAUAAAAGCAUUAGUCUACAAGUUGGAUUGUCAUAUAUCAGCAACAAGAGUCGGUAUUAUCUUUGUGUGGGAUUGGAUUUCAUUUAAUUUUGCGUUAAAAAAAGUUGGGUGACAUUCCAUGAACUAACACAGCAGUUUGCAAUUAAGUUUAUUUUAAAUUAUUUUAAAUUACCUAGAGACUUCACAAAGUCAAUAGGACACAAAAUGCUUUAAUUUGAGUUAUUUUUCUUCAUUUAAUAAUUAAAGUUAACAGUCCUUUAGUCAGUUUUUAUUUGUAUACCUAAUUUUAUAACUUACAUUAACUAUAUAAUAAAUUUUUGCAGAUACCAGAUAAACCCUGAGGGUUGAAUAUGAUGAAACAUGCUCCCUAUAUUCCUCUAUAACCUGUCAUUGAAACUGUCAUUGGGCAUACAUUGAUUACACUGGCAGGUUUUAGUUGUGGCAUGGAUCAAACUUUUGUUCUUGUUACAACUUCAUGUCAUCAAAUAUUAAAAAAAAGUUAUUUGAAGCACUACAUAAUAGUAAUAAUCAUCAAACUGAGGAAGAUGAAAGAUUGAACUUGCUAAGCAUAUCAAAUAUUGAAGAUAUUGAUAUUGGCAAUGAAAAUCAAAUUUAUUCAAUUGCAUUAAAUCAAAAUGGCAGCAAAGCUGCCAUAGGAUUAGAUAGUGGCUCAUUGCAACUUUUUAACUGUUAUACUUGGGAAAGAAUUCGAAAAGUUAGAACUAGUUUAUCUUGCAAUCUACCAUUGGUUGCAGUAAAGUUUUAUCCCUGUCUUACAAGAGAUGUUGUUUUUACAGCUGGUUCUGAUGGGAUGAUAAAGACAUGGAAUUUAGACUCUUGUACACUUGGAAAUACAACUGAAGAGCUUGGAAAUCAAAUCAUGUCUCUAGAUUUUUCAAAUGAUGGAGCUUUCUUUGCUACUGGCGGAAAGGAUGCUUGUGUUCGUUUAUAUGAUAGCGAUACACUAACACUGUAUCGUUCAUACAAAGGAAGCAACCAUUUUGAUAUUGAUAGCUUCAACAUAUUAUCUGAAAUCCCAGGGCAUUCUCAGAAGGUUUUUUCUGUAAAGUUUUUGCCUGAUGAUAAAAAUCUAUUAAUUACUGCUAGUUGGGAUAGAAAACUAAAGGUGUGGGACCUGCGCUUAAAGAAUGCUGUAAAAUCGAUUUCUGGUCCAUUUGUUUGUGGUGAUGGCUUAGAUGUCUCUCACAAUACAAUAUUGACUGCUUCUUGGGUGAAACAAGAUGCAUUGCAGCUUUGGGACUUUUCGUCAGGUCGUCUUAUUAGCAAUUUAGAUUUUCAGAAAAACAAUGGAUGUGGAGAAUAUUUGUACUGUUGUCGAUUUUGGAAUGAUAAGUUUGUUAUAGCAGGUGGUAGUGGCACAAAUGAUCUGAAACUAAUUAAUAUUAACUCUAACAAGGUGGUUGAUUUUUUAAACACAUUGUACCCAGUUCAAUGCAUAGAAGUGUUUCAGAAGCAUGAACUUCUUCUUAGUGGUACAAGUCGCAAUUUUCUUCGAGCAAAAGUGUUUUAAGAGUGUUUUCUUCGAGCAAAACUGUUUUUGUAAUUUUUUUCUGUAAUUUUUAAACAUUAUAUAUA